AGCGUCGCAGCCUCAGUUGAACCCGGUCAGUCAAGCAGGGCAGCAGCAGCAGCAGCAGCAGCAAAAUCUGCACCAGCAGCAUCAGCAGCAGCAGCGAGCUAUAGUCGCAGCCCUUCAGCAGGCAACGGCGCGUCCACCACCAUCAAGUAUAAAGCAGGAAGCAAGCGAACCCGCUAAGAGCUUUGUCAAGCAGGAACCCAUGGCCACACAACCGGCCGGUGCCGGUACUCUCUUCACGUCGGCCGCUGGUGCUCCUGCCCAGAUAGUGGAGGUCCAUAGUGGCGUCAAUUUGAACACGUUGGGUGCAUCUAGCCAUCCAACGGCCGUAAGUACGACCACGCCAACUACACCAACUUCCCAGCCGAACGGUGUGAAACGAGAGUCGGGAAACGGGUCACCCACACAAACUGCCGGUGGUAAUGUGAACAGCGCUAUUAUCGGUGCUAAUGUAGUAUCAGAAGCAGGUGUUAAAGCAGCAGGAACGUUACGUGCUGGAGUCGGAGGAGGAGGGGCAAUCCGAGAAGAAGCGGAAGUACAAGAAGUCCCCAUUGCACCUGCGCUAACUCCGUCGGAAAAGCGACGAAGACACACGAUACCUAAGGUAAUAUCAGCCACUCACACCAUGAGCGGAACGCCACGGCAACGGGUGCGUCGCGUUGCCUGCACCUGUCCCAACUGUGAGGUUAAGACUAGUGGUCCACCAGAUAGAAAGAAGCAGCACAUUUGUCACGUUAACGGCUGCAAUAAGGUGUACGGCAAAACAUCUCAUCUGCGGGCACACCUUCGGUGGCAUACGGGCGAACGGCCCUUCGUCUGUCAAUGGGGCACCUGUGGCAAACGGUUCACGCGAUCGGAUGAACUGCAGAGGCAUCGGCGGACGCAUACGGGUGAGAAGAGGUUUGAAUGCAGUGAGUGUAAUAAAAAGUUCAUGCGAAGCGAUCACCUCUCGAAGCAUAUACGAACACACAGCAAGCUAAGGCGUGAACAUGGUACGGAUGGUUUCGAUAAAUCUGGCGAUGAGCUUGACUACGAGGAGGAAGAAAUUCAUGAAAUUGACGACACUGACUACAAAAUGGAUGAUGACGACGAUCUGGACCAGGAAAGACUCUCAAAUAACUCUUCCUCAGCCGCUGCUUACGACGCUGACCACAAGGACGACAUGGGAUCUAAUCAUUCGGGGUCGUCCGAUAGCAACGAUAGUUCGGAUCAGAAAAUGAUGAUUACCAUUGCAAAUGAGGAAGCGGAACAAGCGUAUGAUUCCAAUUAG